AGAGGCCCGUGGGCACCACUGAAGACGGACUGGAGGGGGACGACGCAUCUCUGGGCCAAAGGACAAAACUUCUGCAUCCAUUUAGACUCUCACAUCCCCAUUGUUGAGGGACAGAAAAAAUGGCUCCUCUCCUCAGCAUGAGCAGGAGCUGGGUCUGGCGACGGACGCUGGCGGGAUGUUUAACAUGUGUGAUUGUCUUCAUGUUGCUCUGUGCACCAGCUCUCGCUCAGCUGGAUUUGAACAGAUUAGAUGGCGACACGGUGUGCCCACCCAUGAAGAAUGGACAAGAUGACCUUCCAGGGUUCGAUCUGAUCACACAGUUUCAGUUGGAUGUCAUCCCCAUGAGGGGCGUCAGAAAGGUAGAAGGAUCCACAUCCCUCCAGGUGGCAUACAGACUCGACCGAGAGGCCAACUUCCAGAUCCCAACCAGGCUGAAUUUUCCAAGGGGCUUCCCAGAUGAGUACUCCUUUAUGACCACCUUCCGCAUGAUCAAGAACACCGUCAACAAGGUGUGGAACAUCUGGCAGGUGGUGGAUGAAGACGGUUUGAAGCAGGCAGGCAUGCGUCUGAAUGGAGAGCAGCAGGCCCUGGAGUUCUUCCUCACCACUAUGGAAGGAGAUGUGCAGACCGUCACCUUCCCAGGCCUUUCUGUCCUCUUCAACACUAAAUGGCACAAAGUGAUGGUUGGUGUGGAGAAGGAGCUGGUGACACUGUACGUGGACUGUCACCCAGUGGACCAGAAACCCAUCAAGAGGAAAGGCUAUGUCAACACGGAGGGAGACACUCUGAUCGGAAGACUGGAUUCUGAUCCCAACACCUCUGUAGUGUUUGAGUUGCAGUGGAUGCUGAUUCACUGUGACCCAAAGAGAGCUCAGAGAGAGGGCUGUACAGAACUUCCUCCGUCGGAGAUGUAUGCCAAUGCUGAGCCGGAUCCCAAGCCGAUCCCUGGUCCCCCUGGUCCUGAGGGGCUUCGUGGACCCCAAGGAGAACCUGGCAGAGACGGGAGAGAUGGUAUUCCAGGCACUCCGGGCACUCCUGGAGCUCUGGGCAGUAAAGGAGAUCGAGGAGAGAUUGGACUGCCAGGACAGAGGGGACUGCAGGGGCCCCUGGGACCAAUGGGACCGAUGGGCCCCAUGGGACCACGAGGACCAGUGGGAGAAAGAGGUCUCCCUGGUUUCCCUGGACCUGCCGGACCCCCUGGACCAGAAACUGUUGGCCCUCCAGGACUCCCAGGGAAGCCUGGUACUCCAGGGGACGAGGGAAACAUCGGACCAGAGGGUCUUCCUGGACCAAGAGGAGGAAUUGGGCUCCCAGGCCCACCAGGACCUCCAGGAUCACCAGGGCCACAAGGCGCUGGGAACCCUGAGGGAAGUGGGGAGACUCAGUGCCAGACAACAUGUCCAGCUGGACCACAGGGAAUGCCUGGUCUGCCGGGGAUGAAGGGACAUCGAGGUCUUCCAGGUGUGGACGGUGUGCCAGGUACCCAAGGUGAAAAGGGAGAGCGAGGGGCCGCUGGUGAGCCAGGUCCUCCUGGACGUCCAGGAGAUGAUGGUCAGCGAGGACCAAUUGGAUUCCCUGGAACUCAUGGUGAUAAAGGAGAUCGGGGUCCUCCUGGAUUCAACGGGAUCCCAGGACCCACUGGACCACCAGGAUCACCAGGUGUUGAAGGCAUCAGAGGGCGACAGGGACAUCCUGGGCCUAAAGGAGAUGAUGGUGCGAUUGGAGCCCCGGGAGAGAAAGGAGCUCCUGGAGCCAAGGGUGACACUGGUGAGCCAGGAAAGCAUGGAUCUGAUGGAGCACCAGGAUCUCCAGGAGAGAAGGGAGAGACAGGUCUGUCCGGAGCCAUUGGUGUCAGAGGAAUUGUGGGAAUUCCAGGUUUACCAGGAAAACAGGGACUCGUGGGGCCUGCAGGCCAAAAGGGUGAAAUUGGCACUGUAGGACUGACUGGUCCAGUUGGGCUUCCUGGUAAAGAUGGAGCACCUGGACCACCAGGAGAAGAUGGAACUCCAGGAGCCAAAGGAACCUCUGGUGAACCAGGAAAGCAGGGUCCAGUUGGCCCAACGGGCCCGCAGGGAAUCCAGGGAGAUAAAGGUGACCAAGGACUCAUGGGCCCUCGUGGAAUCAAGGGUCACACAGGUCAUAAAGGAGACCAGGGCCCAAUGGGUCCUGUUGGUCCCAAAGGAAGUGAGGGAGAUCCAGGUGUUGUAGGAGAACCAGGCGUGAAGGGUGAUCAGGGGCCUCCGGGUAUUCCUGGAAUCAAGAGUGAGCGUGGAGAGAAAGGCCAGAGAGGAGCUACAGGAGCUGAUGGUCGUCCAGGUCAGCCAGGCCACGAGGGUCUGACCGGACCACAGGGAGCCAGAGGUCUGGAGGGGGAACGAGGACUAUCAGGACCCCCUGGUCCCAGAGGUAUACCUGGGCCUAAGAUGAAUGACGAGAGGAUCCGUGAGAUUUGUUCAGCUGUUGUUGAAGAGCAUUUAGAUGCCUACAAGAAGGAAGUAGCCAAGAAGCCUCUUGCCAUUGGAGCCCCUGGAACUCCAGGACUCAUAGGACCACCUGGACUACCGGGACCAGCAGGUCCUGCUGGAGAAGCCGGACCCAGAGGAAUCAUGGGCCCCAAGGGGCCUCAAGGAUACUACGGUCUUCCUGGAAAACCAGGAGCCAAAGGUGAUGCAGGACAAAAAGGUGACAAGGGAGAUAAUGGAAUUGGAAUUCCAGGAAUUCCUGGAGAACCCGGACCUCAAGGACCAGCUGGCAAGCCUGGCAUCAGUAAGGACGGUCAGGAUGGGGCCAGAGGAGACGCCGGUGUGCCUGGAACCCCAGGAACCCUUGGAGCCAGAGGACCUCCGGGUGCCCCUGGUCUUUGUGAUCCUUCAAACUGCUUUAGGCCUCAACCUCUUUACAUGAUUGGCGGGAAGAGGUCUGUCAACAUCAAGGGUCCAUGAACAGAAUAAAAGAAACCUUCUAGAAAUCUUCAUCACAGUCAUCAUCAGCCAGUUCAUUUACGACAAACUUGAAGAGACUUCAAAUGGCGAGCAGACGGUGAGAGAAACAAACGUGACAGAUGUAUAGAGACACACGGAUGCAGCUCCUGAUGGUGGAUUUGUUGUACCUUGUACAUAAACUAAAAGUAAAUGUGUUUGUUCUUUCAGGAGGUUUACAGUAAAUCGCAGAUAAAUAAAUUAAUCGGUAAUUGAUGUUUCAGUUCUUGGGCCACAAACUGCUAUAAUCGAUCAUUUCCAGACCACUACAUGCCAUAGAAUUGAAUUUUUAAAAAUAUUUUUUCAUCAAAUGUGAUUGUAAAGGUCAAUUUUAGACAUGGUGCCAGACAUUAAGCUACGCCAACAGAACGACAGUGUGAUCCUACAACAGCUUGAAAUAAAAGCU